GGGCCAUUGGCCCUAAAGAAGAUGGGCAUGUCCAAAAGCCCACGCCAGCAACAAUUGUGCCGUCAUACAUUUCAACAUCACGACGUCGUUUGCUGGCAUAAGACGGUCAGAUCUCCCAACCAUUUCCGAAUCUGUGAGCUCAGGUUGGCGCUGAUCCCCGAUCUCCCUCUUCCCGAAUUACCGCUGCCACCACCGGCUCCUGCUUUCUCCUCCGCCGUCAGAAUGGCCAAAACACUCUUCUGCGUUCUCAUCCUCCUCCUCCUAUUCUCCGUUCUCUCCCCAUCCUCCGCCGAGAUCAAGUCCCUAACCAUAAAUUCCGACACUCGACCCAUGAUUCUGUUUGAAAAAUUCGGCUUCACCCACAAGGGUCACGUUUCCAUCGCCGUCUCCUCCGUCUCCGUCGCUGCCCUCUCUUCCGCAUCUCAACCCCAGUCUUCGAACCUCGGCUUCUUCCUCCUCAACGAAGAAAGCCUUGUUCAGGUCCUCAUCGAGAUCCAACAGAACCCCUCCUUCUGCGUCCUUGAUUCGCACUACAUAUCCCGUCUCUUUACUUUCCGUGACCUUUCUCCCCCUCCUCUUGCAUCCUUCAAUCGAUCUUACCCCGUUACCACACCCAAUGAAUACAGCCUUUUCUUUGCCAAUUGCGCUCCCGAAACCGCCGUCUCCAUGGUCGUCCGCACCGAGGUCUAUAAUCUUGACGCGGAUGGUUCUAAGGACUAUCUCUCUGCCGGUCAAACUCAGCUCCCCGUCCUCUACUUUCUCUUCUCCCUCGCCUACUUUGCUUUCUUGGGGUUCUGGGUCUACAUUUCUUACACAAACAAGCGAUCCGUUCAUCGCAUCCACCUAUUGAUGGCCGGCCUGCUUCUCGUAAAGGCUUUGAAUCUGAUUUUCGCCGCCGAGGAUAAGCAUUAUGUCAAGACCACGGGAACACCUCAUGGAUGGGAUGUGUUGUUUUAUAUAUUCCAGUUCAUCCGGGUGGUGUUGCUCUUCACGGUUAUCAUACUGAUCGGGACCGGGUGGUCAUUUCUCAAACCCUUCUUGCAAGAGAGAGAGAAAAAAGUGUUGAUGAUUGUGAUCCCGCUUCAGGUUUUGGCUAACGUGGCUUCUGUUGUGAUCGGUGAGACCGGGCCCUUCAUCAAGGAUUGGGUUACAUGGAAUCAAGUCUUCUUACUGGUAGAUAUUAUUUGUUGCUGUGCUAUCAUUUUCCCCAUUGUAUGGUCUAUAAGAUCUCUGCGAGAAACGUCCAAGACCGACGGCAAGGCUGCUAGGAAUUUAGCUAAGCUGACACUUUUCAGGCAGUUUUAUAUUGUUGUCAUAGGGUAUUUAUAUUUCACACGGAUAGUAGUGUUUGCGCUGAGAACUAUUGCUGCAUACAAGUACCAGUGGGUUAGUCAAGCUGCCGAGGAGAUCGCGAGUCUUGCGUUUUACAUGGUGAUGUUCUACAUGUUUAGACCGGUGGAGAAGAAUGAGUACUUCGUCCUUGACGAGGAGGAAGAAGAGGCUGCAGAGAUGGCUCUUAAAGAUGAAGAAUUCGAGCUCUGAGAUGGGUGGUGGAGGAGUUCAGCUGGUCCUCCUUGUUGACAUGCCUCUAACAAAUGCAAUUUAUCAGGUUGUCCGAUGUCAUGGAUUCACUAUCAUAUUUGUGGUUCAGGUCCGCUGCUAGUGCAAUGCUGUUUAUCCGGUUUUCCUUUUCUUUUGUUUUCCCUCUAUCUCCCUUGACUAUGAGAAAAAUACUGAUACUGGAAUACUGCCUAUUUGUUUAGCUAAUGAAAUUUUUUGCCACAAUGUAUUGUAUUCCGCAUAUGAAACACAACGAACACUCAUUUCGAGCUCUGUCAUUUGAGAAAUGGUUAUAAGCUUACUCA